UCAAACAAUUGGCAACACUGCGGCAACAUUAAAAUAAAAUACUGCGUUGUAUGCAGCAAAGUUGCUAAAUUUAUAAAAAAUAAAAUGAAGGAGGCAAAAAGUUUCUUGGAUAAUCAACAAAUGGAUGACUGUCUUCAUGACAAAACUGCGAAUGAACUAAAACUUUUAGUAAAAACUCGGCUUGCUAUGGAAGAUCAAUUCAAUGAAGGCCGGAAAAAGAAAUCAGUACUUUGGGGUGAAGUGCUCAAGGAAAUUAAGGAACAAAUUCCAACAUUUAAAUUGACGAAAGAUGAAGUUAUACGCAAGUUUUUGAAUCUUUCUACCACUUACAAGCGGAUAAAGGAUCGAAUUAUGUCAAAAGGACGAACUUCAAGUUCCUGGGAAUUUUUCGAUGAUUUUGAUGAGGUUUACGGCACGCGAUACUCGAUAAAUACCAAAAAGGACUUGACAGAGCCGACCUUAGAACAUGCAACAGAUGAAGAAGAAAACAUUGUAGAAGUGAAACCAGCACGGUGUUCAAAGUGCAAGAAACGCAAGAGUGAUGCGGCGGCUGAUUUCCUUGGAUUUUUAAAAGAGCAAGCAAACCGAGAACAAGCUCGUCAUGAUGAAGUAAUGGAAAUUGAACGUAAAAAGUUACGUUUGGAAGAGGAACGAAUGAAGGUGUUUGGUGAUCUCAAAGAUAUUUUGAAGAGUUCAUUGAAAAAUAAGCGUAUUUGAAUUACUUUAGUUUACCCGCCAUAAAUGAUGUAAGUAAA